UCUGGCUUUUUUUUUUUUAUCCAACUUCCCCAGAAGACUUCUUCUUGAAAAGCUUCUCCCUAUUCCUUUGUCAACGCUGCAACUUGCUGACAUUCCCUAACUUAAUCGAGGAAAACCCAAAGAAGGAUAUUAACCAUGAAUUUCGACGAACUGAAUUGUAUGGCGGCACUGAAUUGUAUAGACCUCUCCGAUUCCGACAUACAAAAAUCUGUUUCUCUCCUCAGACAGGGCUUACCAAUGAUUGGCAUCGUUCUGGGAGUUGAUUUGCUUACUCCUAAUGAUGUUAUCGUUUAUUUAGGCUUGCUUGGACUCUGGAUUUUUUUAUGUAGUCAAUCAUGGUAUCAGCCCAGAAUUUAUGGAUGAGGUCUUUUCUCAAAGCAAAAGGUUCUUUAGUCUACCACUGGGUGAAAAGAUGAAGCUUCUCAGGAAUGAAAAAAACCGUGGUUACACUCCUCUUCUAGAUCAGCAUCUGGAUCCUGUCAACCAGAUACAUGGAGAUUAUAAAGAAGGAUAUUACAUUGGUGUGGAAGUACCAGAAGAUGAUCCUCAAGCCGAAAAACCAUUUCAUGGACCAAACUUGUGGCCUACGGCAGAUAUUUUGCCUGGAUGGAGAGAAACUAUGGAGAGGUACCACCGCGAAGCACUUGAGGUUGCAAGGGCAGUUGCUAGAAUUAUAGCCCUAGCACUUGACCUGGAUGGAAACUUUUUUGAUCAAUCAGAAAUGCUAGGCAAUCCUAUUGCAAUCUUGCGACCACUACAUUAUGAAGGUAAAAUCUCUGAACCAGAAAGCGGAAUAUAUGGUGCAGGUGCCCACUCUGACUUUGGCUUGCUUACCUUCUUAGCCACAGAUGAUGUCAUUGGUCUUCAGAUAUGCAAGGACAAGCAUUUUGAGCCUCAGAUUUGGGAAUACGUGUCACCAGUAAAAGGAGCAUUUAUUGUGAAUCUUGGAGAUUUACUGGAGCGCUGGAGCAAUUGUUCUUUUAGGUCAACACUACAUCGAGUCUUGAUUAGUGGUCAAGAAAGAUAUUCUAUUGCUUUCUUCGUGCUGCCCAGUUUCAAUUGUGUUGUCAAAUGCCUGCCAACCUGCCAGUCAGAGGAUAAUCCUCCGAAGUUCCCACCCAUCAUAUGUGGAGCUUACUUGGUGCAGAGAUAUGAACAUACGCAUGCUGAUCUGAGCUCCUAGGAUAGUUCGUCCCUGAUUUUUUUUUUUUUUUUUUUUGUAACUCGGAAUAUGCCCCGACCCGAACCCUUUGGACCCGAGCCGGUACACCAAAUCGGAGGGAAGUCGAUAGCCUCAUACAGCUUUUCCGGGCGCGUCAGGAUGUGCGACGCAACGGGCACGAACCCUGAUUAGUGGGGACCUGGUUAGUGGGGAAACCAGCAACACAAGGUUGACCCUUCAACCGCUGCGCCAUAUGCCCUGGAGGCGUUCGUCCCUGAUUGGCAAGGUUGUUGAACCUUUUGCUGAUCUGUUGUUUCAUGUAACGGAUGGUUAUGUACAUUCUUAUCAGUUGGUUUUUCCCUAAUAUUUGAUGGCUAGGAACACAAAAAUUAUGACUUAGCUGAAAUAAUCCAGAUUUUGAAACGUUAAAAUACAUGAAAUUGUAUAUUCAGCCGUUACAUUAUGAAUGAUAUGAAAUGUUACAGAAAUCUAGUACAUAAUAUUUUAUUG